CGUGUUUGACAACGUUAAUAAUAUUAAAAAACUGUAUAAUGGAAAAUGAAGAUAUAAUGGCGUAUAUAUUUUCACGUGAUAGUCAUGAUGGCGAAUUGUCAUCUUUGCCACAAAUAAAUGAUGAAAAUUCAGAUGAUGAUGCAGAAUGUAAUGAUAAAAAUACAAGUGAACCCGGAACGCCGACCGCUGAAUUUGAAAAGACAUUGUACAAUACAAGAGCUCUUAACAAAACUGAUUCGACGUACAGACUUGAAUCAUUUCAGAAGCACUAUAUGAUGAUAUUCAAUCAAGAAAACAUCGUUGGAUUCAAUCCUCGGCUAGGAACUGAAAAAGAUGUCUCAGCACUUUGCAAAACUUUUUCAGAAUAUAACUUUGAAAUCAACGUACAUAAAGAUUUGACAAAGUCACAAAUAAUGGAAGAACUUAAAAUAUUGUCAGAGAGAGACUUCACAGAUUAUGGGUGUAUUGUAAUAGCGGUGCUAACACACGGGACAUAUGGAGGCCUGCUCAGGGCGAAGAACAUGCAAUACAGCGAAGGUGAAAUAAUAAACCAUUUCAAAACUCAUGACAAGCCCACGCUGUUAACCAAACCGAAGUUCCUAAUAGUUCAGGCAUGUCGAGGGACGAGACCGAUACGAGGUAUGCCUGUGGCACGUGUAGGAAAAAUAAGCAAAGAUAUCGAUAAAGAUGAAGAACCUUAUACAUUACCAAUUGAAUCUGAUAUGCUAAUCCUUCACAGCUCAUACAGUGGUAACCCUUCUCACAGAGACGAGCUCCACGGUUCGUGGUUGAUACAAGCACUUUGCGCUGAAAUCACGAAAAGUUCUCCAGCACAGGACCUUGAAUCUAUCAUAACCGAUGUCAAAAGAAAAGUUGCAAUCGACAUGUCCCAUAAAGUAUACAACAAACAGACUUACGAGAUUGACAUAAAUAAACAAAUGCCAGUGAUGACGUCGACGUUAAUAAGAAAACUUUAUCUAAGGAAGUAUAAUGAUGAACAAUCAUCGCUGGCAGUUCAUUGCGAUAGAGGGUUGAAUUGUCAGAACGAAGUUUUCGAUGGUGAAGUGCCAGGAACUUCCCUGUUUCCGCAACUAGGUCCUUGUUUCUGCUUCUUAAAUCAUUACACGUAUUUGAAGCAGUGUUUAAGGUAUGUAGUGGCGGAGAAUUCAGAGGACAGGGUGGCGAAAUCAUACCUAGAUAUAAGCGAAACGUUGGAAGAUAGCGACGAUUUCAAUGCAACUAAAGAGAAAUUGGCAACUCUUAUUUCAGAACACCUUUCAAGUUACGCUGAUAGCUUAGACUUUUAUAAGUAUCUGUAUCUAUAUAAGAGAAGGCUUUAGCUUUAUAUUUGUUUAAGUACGUAAUAUGUUAAGCAUUUUGUGAUAAUCGUAAUAAAUUUAUUAAUAGU